GGAUAAGGUUCAAAUGUAUGCAGGUGCAGUCGAAGAGCAGGAUGUAUCCUAUGGCUCUGAACAAACGGUUGAUUUUCAAGAUGUUGAUUUACUGCAAUCACAUGGUAUCAACGUGGCUGAUAUCAAAAAACUGAAAGGUGCUGGAAUUUGCACUAUCAAAGGCAUCUUGAUGACAACCGCCAAAAAACUUUGUAAUAUCAAAGGUUUGUCUGAAGCAAAAGUUGAAAAAAUCAAAGAUGUGUGCAAAACACUUUGUGACUCUGGAUUUGUCACAGCUUUUGAAGUCAGCGAGAGAAGAAAAAGCAUUUUUAAAAUAAGCACAGGAAGCAAGGAACUGGACAAGCUUCUAGGUGGGGGUCUUGAGAGUAUGGCAAUCACAGAAGCAUUUGGGGAAUUCAGAACAGGGAAAACACAACUGUCUCACACACUAUGUGUCCUUACUCAACUUCCUGGUCCAAAUGGUUAUUCUGGUGGGAAAGUUAUUUUCAUAGACACUGAAAACACAUUCAGACCAGGGAGGUUACGAUCCAUUGCAGACAGGUACAAUCUGGAUCACACAGCUAUGUUAGACAAUGUGCUCUAUGCUCGUGCUUAUACAAGUGAGCACCAGCUUGAACUUUUAGACUUUGCUGCUGCCAAGUGCCAUGAGGAACCUGGAAUCUUCAAGAUUCUAAUCAUUGACAGCGUGAUGGCCUUAUUCAGAGUUGAUUUUACUGGCCGAGGAGAACUUGCUGACAGACAGCAGAAACUAGCUCAACUGCUCGCCAGGUUACAAAAGCUUUCAGAGGAGUACAACUUAGCAGUGUUUAUAACGAAUCAGAUGACUGCUGAUCCUGGAGCUACAAUGAGCUUUCAAGCAGAUCCUAAGAAACCAAUAGGUGGCAACAUCCUCGCUCAUGCAUCAACCACCAGGCUAUAUCUUCGUAAAGGUCGCGGUGAACUACGGAUUGCUAAAAUAUAUGACAGUCCUGACAUGCCCGAGAGUGAAGCCACCUUCGCCAUCACCGCCGGUGGCAUUGAUGAUGCUAAAGAGUGAACUCAAUGAGUGGAUGAGUUGACGAGAUGCUAUUUAAGCUACUUGUUGAAUAGGAUAAUAGCACUCUGGGCAUAUUGAUAAGUUAUAUUUAUCUUUCGUUAGAAUGAUCAGUAAUAUACCAGAAAAUAUCUGUUACAUAUUUAAUAGGAUAGUAUCGGUGGCGUUCGAUAAAACGGGCUAAAUUCGAGUCAAGCCAAUGAAAUUUAGUUUUAUCCAUUAUCAGCCACUACCUUACCAAAUAUUAUCUGAGAGGCUGCUUGGAAAAUGGAGAAAAUGGACAAUUUUCAAAACGGCUAAACUUUUAUAAAAUGCCGACGAUAUCACCCCAAAAAUAUCGAUUCUGUAUUUAAAUAUGCUUUCUUUAGAAUCAGCAGUAAUAAACCGGCAAGUUUUCGGGUUUUUAAAGCGUUAUAAACUUCUAAAUAUCUAUUAGUUGAAUUUAAUAGGGAGUUUUUUUGAAUUUUUAAAAUUUGUGUUAUUGUUUACAGUUACAAGAUGUUUGAUGAUUAAUUUUGUAAACCAGAAAUUUUGAUAUUAUUUUAAAUUUA